CGUUAACAUUCUCAUACGUGUCAGCGCGAGCACCGCACUGCGUACACACAAAGGCUGGCCGCAGUUCUCGAAAACAAAUCAAAUCUCGUCAAGUGGAACACUCUCUGUCACUCGAGGGGCAUGACACGGUCUGUCCGCUCUGCCAGUAGUCUGCCGCGCACCUUGGGAUCCACCAGCCGCACCACUUUAGGUGCGGUUUACGUUUACUCUCACGCGGAUCUGAGAAUCGCUCGUCGCCUUACUUCGUCGAAUAGAUUUAGACGUCCUUACUGUGAAUGUCAAGGACUUCUAAUUUUCCUGGUACCAUUUAUUGCAACUAUGGCGUCAUCCGAGCCUUUAGCUGCCGUUGUCAAGGGUGUCAAUGAUUUCACAUUAGACUUCUACCUUACCACAGCUGAGAAAAAUGGACCUGGAAAAAAUGUUUUGGUGUCUCCCUUGAGUGCCGCUCUUGUCACGGCAAUGGUACAUGCAGGAGCCAAAGGUGUAACCGCAAAUGAAAUUACUAAAGGACUUCGUUUCCCCGAAGAUAAAGCAACUUUGGAGGAUGGUUUCAGAGCUCUUCAUGGAGUUCUUGCAAACACCCCAAAUGUUACACUUGAAAUAGCCAACAGAAUAUAUCUUGACAAAACUACGAAGAUGAAACCAGAUUAUACGAAAACAGUCACUGAGGUUCACAAGUCAGACGUUGAAAGUGCUGACUUCAUGCACAAUCAUGAAUCCGAAAGACAGACAAUUAAUAACUGGGUCCUCAAAAAAACUCAUGAUAAGAUCAAGGAUCUCCUCUCCCCAGGCAUGGUUACUCCUGCUACAAGCAUGGUUUUGGUCAAUGCUGUUUAUUUCUUUGGCAAGUGGAAGGAACCAUUUGACCGUGAGCAAACCUACGAUCAGGAUUUUUUCGUUUCCAAGUCCAAGACUGUGAAAGUGCCCAUGAUGCAUUUGACUAAAACUUUGCGGUAUGCUGAGAUACCACAACUGAAAGCUAAAGCUGUUGAGCUGUGCUAUGCUAAUAAGGAUGUCUGUUUACAAAUCAUCCUUCCUGACGCCAAAGAUGGACUGGAAAAGAUGCAGAAGCAGCUUCGUGAAGGAGCUUUUGACCUCUCCAACAUUGAAUUUUAUCCAACCAAAGUUCAGCUCAGCAUGCCAAAGUUCAAGCUUGAAGAGACCAUUAACAUCAAAGACGUUUACCAGAAGAUGGGAAUGAAGGCGAUGUUCCAGCCUGGGGAUGCUGAUUUUAGUGGAAUUUCUGAAGAAAAAUUAGUUGUUAGUGAAGCAAUUCAGAAGACCUUUAUGGAUGUCAAUGAAGAAGGAACUGAGGCUGCAGCAGCAACUGCUUGUGUUGCCCGAAGGAAGCGUUGUGUCGAGGAGCCUUUAGAAAUUUUUGUGGAUCAUCCAUUUUUAUUCAGGCUUGUUCAUUCCAACUCUCUGAUUUUUAUUGGGUCCCAUUUUGAACCCACUGUGCCGAGUGAAGAUUGUGCCCCAGUUGAGGAUGAUGUUGAGGAGCAAGUUGAUUCACAUCUCAAUGACAAUCCUCAGUCAGAUGAUGACCGCAUCCAUCAUAAGCGAAGCCAUUGUGAAAUGUUAUGAUUUGCCUUUCUGUUGCUGUGUUAUGUGCAAUAUGUGCAAUGUCUUGCUUGCAAGAAUCUCAAGUGUCCUUACUUCCUUUGUGAAGCUAACUUAUUUGAACUCAUGGUGCCGGUUAUUUAUUGAAUAGUUUAGUUUUUUAUUAACUACUUGUUGAGAAGUAAAUGUUCCAAAAUGUUAACACUUAACUUUUAAACUUCAUGUCUUUGCUGGUAAAUUUUAUAUCUAUUGCUUGGUUAGAACUUAUAAAAUUAGCAGGGGAAAAACUUGAAUCUUUGUAUGCAGCUAGUCAAUAUUCUCUACAAACCUUAAUAUGUUCAAGCUGUAAGCAAUUCUACAAUUUUAUCAGUAUUAGCUUUCUCGCUUAUCUUUCUCAAUACCUGUCGUACUUUUGUCUCUCUGCUUGAAUGUGUAGUGCCAUGCUCCUAAAUAUCAAAAUCUCAAUCAGAAUCUCACAUGUUUGUAUGAUGUAUGCUUCAUGAGAGAGAUAAAUGCUUUGUACUUUAAUCUUUACAUUUCAGAAAUGUUGUCUAUUUACCAAACCAACUGCUGUUAAGUCUUACUUUUGGAGGAAGUUCUCAGAAGGAAUAUUAUGCUAUCUUGGAGGAAAGUUGCUCAGGGAAACCACUUAUUGAUCUCAGAUAAUACAUGGUUCAAUUGCAGAUAAUUCCCUGAUGCAUUUUGCUAGACAAAGAUGUUUUUUAUCAUAAGGUUCUUUUCUGUUCCAAUUUUCAGAUUUUAAAUAUUAUCAUUAGCUUUAAGUUUUGUUGUCUUGAAUGUUUUUUUGUUGUUUUUUAUGUGCUUGAAUUGUGGACACUCUAGGGUGUGAAACCAGUGAAUCACAUGUUUUAUUAUUGAUCUUGUGAGUAAUUUUAUACAUAUUUAUACUAAUUGGAAAAUAAGGGUACAACAAACAGCUUUAAGACUGAGCCUCAGUGCAAGUCGUAUUCAAAGAAAUAAACUCAAACCUUUCUGA